AUGCUCUUGACUGAGAACUUUUUCUUCCUUCCCAGUGGGCAGGAGGUUUGUGCUUUCUACCCCAGUGCCUUCAAAAUGAAGACUUUCCUCCUGCUGGCUGUAUUGAUGACCUAUGGCCCAUUUCAAGUACAGGGAAGCUUGAAGCAACUGCAGGAUAUAAUUCAGAAGCUGACAGGGAAGAAUGCCCUGGUUAAUUAUGGCUUCUAUGGCUGCUACUGUGGCUUAGGGGGGCGGGGGACCCCCAAAGAUGCCACUGACAGGUGCUGUGCAGCCCAUGACUGCUGCUACUCAAGACUGGUGAAGAAUGGCUGCCGCCCCAAAAUGGAGAAAUACAAUUACACCUAUCAUAAUGAUGUCAUCACUUGUGGGUCUGGAAGCAAGUGCCAAAAUCAGAUCUGCUCCUGUGAUAAAACUGUUGCAUACUGCAUGCUGAGAAAUUUAAGAACCUACAAUACCAAAUAUCAAAGCUUUCCCAAUCUCUUGUGUUGGGGGAAUAAGGUCCAGUGCUGAGAACUCAAGCUCUCCUUCAUCAGCAAGACAAAACAAGAAGGAACUUUAAGGUCCCCUCUCCUUGUCUGGACCCUUGCCUUGUGAAAGGCUAUGAAAUCUGUUCUGUGGGGGCCAGGUGGUCUGAGAGAGACGGGAGAGGGAGAAAAGGAAGGGAAGCUGAGAAAAUUUAACUCUAUUCCUCUCCCACUUUCUGGACCUGCUCCACUGUCGGCUCAAAGAUUCCUACUGAAUAAAAUGUCCCAUUGGCUGACUCUUUGUUUAUGUCUGCCCUCUAGACAUCUUGCUUCCCCACAUCUUUCUACAAGGUUCCCUCAACUCACUGUUAAUCAUCCAGGCCUCUCCAGAGGAGCAAUAUAGGUAUAUAUAAUUCUUGAAUAUCCUUGUGCCCCUUAAUCAUUGCAAUUCUUGUUCCCAGGCUCCAUUUCCCCAAGGCCACCAAGCAUUCCUCAGAGCUGCCUUUCACAAUGUAUGUUCCAGGAAUGUGGAUUCAGGUUCAUAUCAGCCUCAAUCAAACACAGGAAGCCAAAAAUCACAAAAGACUAAUCCAUUUUAGGAUUACCUGUGCCCCCAGUCUCUUCAGGUUUUUGUACAGAUAAUUAAGCAUGGGCUCCUUUCAUAUGUAUGUAAGAACUUAAGAUAAGCCAGAAAGAAUCUC